GUAGAAAUGCCGUCUGCAAUUGGAAUCGAUUUGGGCACGACGUACUCGUGCGUAGGAGUGUUUCAGCAUGGAAAGGUGGAAAUCAUUGCCAACGACCAGGGCAACCGAACGACACCGAGCUAUGUUGCUUUCUCGGACACGGAGCGGCUUAUUGGUGACGCAGCCAAGAAUCAGGCGGCCAUGAACCCGACAAACACAGUGUUCGAUGCCAAACGAUUGAUUGGACGCCGGUAUGACGACCCGAAGAUUCAGACCGAUCUUAAACACUGGCCCUUCACGGUGGUGAACGACUGUGGAAAGCCAAAGAUCCAGGCGGAAUUCAAAGGAGAACGCAAAACGUUUGCGCCAGAGGAGAUCAGUUCGAUGGUGUUGACGAAAAUGAAGGAAACGGCCGAAGCAUACCUGGGCCAUUCGGUGAAGAACGCGGUCAUCACAGUUCCAGCCUACUUCAACGAUAGUCAGCGACAGGCUACGAAGGACGCCGGUGCCAUCGCGGGUCUGAACGUGAUGCGCAUCAUCAACGAACCGACGGCGGCCGCGCUGGCUUAUGGUUUGGACAAGAACCUGAAAGGCGAACGCAACGUGUUGAUAUUCGAUCUGGGCGGAGGGACGUUCGACGUGUCCAUUCUGACCAUCGACGAGGGCUCGCUGUUCGAGGUACGAGCUACAGCCGGCGAUACACACCUGGGCGGGGAAGACUUCGACAACCGAAUGGUGGCCCACUUCGUGGAGGAGUUCAAGCGCAAGUUCAAAAAGGACCUAUCGAAGAACGCGCGGGCACUGCGGCGCCUGAGGACGGCUUGCGAGAGAGCGAAGCGUACGCUUUCCUCCAGCACGGAGGCAACGAUCGAGAUCGACGCUCUGAUGGAUGGCAUCGACUACUACACGAAGAUCAGCCGGGCGCGCUUCGAGGAGCUUUGCUCGGAUCUGUUCCGCUCCACGCUGAACCCGGUGGAGAAAGCCCUCACGGAUGCAAAGAUGGACAAAGGCUCUAUUCACGACAUCGUGCUGGUGGGCGGCUCUACUCGCAUUCCGAAGGUACAGUCGCUGUUGCAGAACUUCUUCAGCGGCAGAUCCUUGAACUUGUCGAUCAAUCCCGACGAGGCGGUGGCCUACGGUGCGGCGGUCCAAGCAGCAAUUCUUAGUGGCGAUAAGGACGAGAAGAUCCAGGACGUGUUGUUGGUCGAUGUGGCUCCGCUUUCUCUGGGAAUCGAAACCGCCGGAGGUGUGAUGACGAAGCUGAUCGAGCGCAACUCACGAAUCCCGUGUAAACAGACGCAGUCCUUUUCGACCUACGCGGACAACCAGCCGGGCGUGUCGAUCCAGGUGUUCGAGGGCGAGAGAGCGAUGACGAAGGACAACAAUCUGCUGGGCCAGUUCGACCUUUCAGGCAUUCCGCCGGCACCGCGCGGUGUGCCAAAGAUCGAGGUCACGUUCGAUCUGGACGCGAACGGCAUCCUGAACGUAUCGGCGAAGGAAAUGAGCACUGGCAAGGAGAAAAACAUCACGAUCAAGAACGACAAGGGCCGCUUGUCGCAGGCUGACAUCGAUCGUAUGCUGGCAGAGGCGGAAAAGUUCCGCGAGGACGAUGAAAAGCAGCGAGAGCGCGUUGCAGCGCGCAACCAGUUGGAGGCGUACUGUUUCAGCCUGAAGCAAUCGCUAGAGUCAGCCGGUUCGAGGCUAAGCGAAAGCGAUCGCAAAACAGUGGAGGACCGGUGCAGCGAGACCCUGCGCUGGAUCGACGGUAACGGUAUGGCAGAGAAGGAGGAGUACGAUCACAAAAUGCAGGAGCUAUCGCGAUCCUGCAGUCCGAUCAUGACGAAGCUGCAUCAGCAGUCCGGAGCCGGUCCAUCUCCGACCAGUUGUGGACAGCAAGCUGGCGGGUUCGGUGGACGAACGGGUCCGACAGUAGAGGAAGUAGAUUAA